CUCAUUUGACAAAGGCAUAUAAUACUAAUCUGAAAAUACGCCUUUCGGUUGAUAACUGAUAAAUACAAUGAACGUGUGCGGCUUAAACAUACUUAAAAAUAUCCUGCCAAUAAACCUUGAACUAUAAAGGUUACUUACAUGUGGAGUAGGAGUAUCAACGUCCAAAUCAUCCAAACUAUCCUUUAUUGACGAACAGCUUUACAUAUGUAGUUUUAAUUUAAUGGUUGUAAAUUUCUCUUCGUUGCCACAAAAUAUAUUUAUGGCUGAAUCAAUUAAUGAUAUUUUAUUCACACACCUUAACCCUGAUACUAAUAUAGUAGAGGGUAAAUACACGUGUAAAGAAUAUGAAAAAAAUUAUUUGCAGUAUAUCUUAGAAAUAUCUGAUCCACUAUUUUUGAAUAAUUUAAAUUUAUUAGCAGAAUUAUAUUUCAAUUCAAAGUGUCAUUGUCCAAGUUAUCAACACUUUCAUCGAUGUAAUGUUGUCAAAUAUAUUCAAGAUUAUUUGAUGAGACUUAUAAACUUCACAGGAAAGCGACAUAGACGAUUGUUGAAAGAAACUGAAAACAAAAAUAUAUGUGAUAAAAAACGAUUAAGGAUGACAGUAAAAUUAUCACGGGAAAUCAAAAACUGUCAAACUGAUCAACUCAAUGCAAUCAUUAAAGUUCGAGUACAUCCUCAACGAAAUGAAUAUAUUUCCAACUCAAUACAACUGAAUGUUAAUGAAGUCUUUCCACAAAUCGACAUCAUGACAUAUUACAAUAUUUAUGUAAAUUUACAUCAGUGGACUGAUGAAUUUUUCAUAUUUAAUGAAUUAGUUGGAAACAAGUCAUUUGUAGAAGACAAUAAUAAUAAUAAUAAUAUUAAUGUAACACCGUUCAGUGAUCCAUCUUCAGCAAUGAAUACUGUUUCUUUUAACCCUAUGAAUAAUGAUCACGGUGGUGAUAUGGCAGUUAAAAAAAAUCAAAUAAGUAUGAUGAUUGGUGAAAGCUUAGACUGUUCCGCUGUUAAUCACUUUUGCCAAAUGGAUGAUGAAGACGAUGAUUCACAUGAAGAUUUUGCCGGGGAAAAUUUGGAACCAGCCAACUGCAAUUUGAAGCUACAGUUCAUCGAAUAUCCACUAUCUGACAUUGUAAACUAUGCAACAGACUGUAAAUCAACGAUUUCAGGAGGAAUAACAGAAAAGUGUGCAGUAAAAGUUGAUGACGAUAAUACAACAAUAUCGGAAUGGAUCUCAGAAGUUUGCUCUCAAGAUUAG